CCGACGCGAAAGCCCCAACCCCCUGGACCCUGCUCGGGCUGUGCGGAGGCAUGGGUGCCCGCCUGCUGCUCACCACUGCCCUGCUGCUGCUGCGGACCCCAGCAGCAGAGGCCCUGAUGGAGCCGGGAUUCUGCUACAUCUUGGACGCCAUCCUCUUCCUUUACGGCAUCGUCCUCACCGUCCUCUAUUGCCGCCUCAAGUUCCUGGCUCACCGAGCGGCGCAGCAGGGAGCCGGCAAGGAGCGGAAGGAAGAAGCCAUCUACACUGGGCUCAGCGGUGAGGGCCAGGAGAUGUAUGAAACCCUCCAGAUCAAACACUCCUGAUCCCGUCCUGCCGCCGCGCUGCAGCUCCCCCUCGUCCCCCUGU